AGUCGAAGAAAGAGAAAAGUGAUCGAGCCUCAGUCAAUCAAGCGAAUUCUUCAGGAAGAAACGCGGUCUCCGUCACGGGUAUACCCUUGAAUUGUUCUCGGAAAAUACUCUCUCGCAGCCACUCUUCAAGCUUACGCACCUUCGAAAAUGGCCAACUACCUCGCAUCUAUCUUCGGAACAGAGCAAGAUAAGGUAAGCACUCUUCCCCCCGGACCCAGCUCCCUUGCGAUGCCUGCAUCACAGCCGCCUUCCUGCAGACAGGAGCUAAUAUCAGGCCCGCCGCAUAGGUUAACUGCUCGUUCUACUACAAAAUCGGCGCAUGCCGUCAUGGUGACCGCUGUUCGCGAAAGCACGUCAAGCCGUCGUACUCGCAGACUAUCCUCCUACCGAACCUAUACCAGAACCCGCAAUAUGAUCCCAAGAAUAAGAUGAACCCCAGCCAGCUGCAGAACCACUUCGAUGCCUUCUACGAGGACUUUUGGUGUGAGAUGUGCAAGUACGGUGAGAUUGAGGAGGUGGUGGUGUGCGAGAACAAUAACGACCACUUGAUUGGAAAUGUAUAUGCUAGAUUCAAGUACGAAGACUCUGCACAAAAGGCCUGCGAUGCGUUGAACUCUCGCUGGUACGCUGCUCGACCGAUAUACUGCGAGCUAUCGCCCGUCACGGAUUUCCGAGAAGCAUGCUGCCGACUGAAUAGCGGCGAAGGGUGUGUGCGAGGUGGAUUCUGCAAUUUCAUCCACCGCAAGGAGCCCAGCGAGGAGCUUGAUCGGGAGCUGGAGCUUUCCACGAAAAAAUGGCUGAGACUGCGCGGCCGGGACGAGCGGAGUGUUACUCGCAGCCCAAGCCCGGAGCCCACGAGGAAGCGGUACUGACCUCUUUCCAGGGCUGGCCUCGUACAUCUUGGGGUUUAUUUCCUUUAGAGGGGAGAGGAGCGCACUUAGUCUGCUGGUUUGGAAGCAAGGCGUUUGGUACCUUUCUUUUUUCUCUCUUUUCUACGAAAACAGAUAAUAUACUCGGGUCAUGGAUGACACUCGGAGAGUCUCCCUCCAUACAACCUUGAGAGGAUAAUGUAUGCUUUAGAUAUACGUGCUGUCUAAUGCAGCACAUUGCGUCAUAAGCCGGGAGCAGGCACAGCAAUGCUCCUCGGGUCCUCCAGCUCCUCCACCAGUUCCUGUUCCUGUCCAGUCCAGGCACCGCGGCGAGGUUUCGGAUCCCGCUGGAGGGUGAUCCAUGGGCGAGAAAGGCGACUUUCCCGCUGCAUGCUACAGCUAAACUUCCGGAACGCUCCCCUUAUUAUCCAUCCAUCGUAUUUCUUAUUCGUCUUGUGUCUUCGUUUCUUAUUCCUCUCGUCAGUCGUUUUCCUCUUCUCGCCGAUUCACGCAGACAGGCAGCCUUGUCCUGGCCUGCUCGUGACCCUAUGUGGGGGAUUCCUCGAGGUCGGCGGGAGCAGGUCGUUCGCAGGCGCCGGCGUCGUAUGUAGGCGGCAUCCGGUAUGACAGAACGCAGACCCGGCCAGCCUCAAAACACUAUAUAUAUAUCAUGCUGAUGGCUAUAUAGCUGGCCUGCUAUACGCCGUGUCAGAGCGGUUUCAAGCACACAAGCGCCGGACAGUUCGCGGGCAAGCCAGACUAGUUGGUUGUUUUAGCUGCUGGC